AAACUUUUAUAAAUCUAAAACACAUAAAUUGUAAUUUAAACAGUGUCAGUCAUUAGUCUUUAUUUGUGUUAAAAAUAUCUCUAGUUAUAAAUAAGACCCAAUAAAUUAUAUAAAAUAUUGUAUGAACACUGUCUGGCCUUGAAAUAAUAUACGAUCGUCUCCCAAUUGGCAAAUAAUUUGAUUAAUUAAAGUAUAAUUGUGCCCCUUAGUCUUUUAAUUUGCAUUUUGAAAAAAUUAGGACAAUGAACACCGAUUGUUCGUAAGAGAUAAGGCACUAGAAUUAUUUAUUUUCUUAGACAAGCAUACUAAAUAGGGUAAAUCCUCUAAAUGCCAAGAUCAACCAAAUUAAAUUCUCGGCAAUAAUUUCAUCAUCCGUUUACUCCAACUUUUGAGCAAAUUCAUUGUUUAUCUAUUCAACAUUACGCGAUUAAAACAUUUCGAAGAUUCGCCAAGUUCACAGUGCGAUAAAGAAUGACGCUCGUGAACAUCACUCGGUAACAUUGCUUCAUCCCAAAAUCGAUUAAAAUGACUGGAAGUGUGACUGUAAAAAAUUUCGAAGUUCAGGAAGAUCGGGAUGAAAAAGGGGGUGACUGGUACCAAAUCCUUGCGAUUUUUUUAUCAUGCAUAUCGGCGUUCAAUGCCGGGAUGCUGUUCUCAUGGUCGUCACCUUCUAUUCCGAAGAUAUCUGAAGAUAAAGUGAAUUAUGAUAUUUCCUUAGACGAAGCGUCGUAUUUCACGGUUUUGCCUCCGAUGGGUGCCAUCUGUUCCUGCUUCGUUUUUUCAAAACUGACGGACAUGAUCGGCCGAAAACACACUUUAAUCCUGAUUGCAAUUCCGCAAAUUGUUUCUUUGGUUCUAAUAUCGGUCGCAAAGUCGGUGUAUGUUUUCUACAUCGCUCGCUUUUUAGCGGGAGUUGCGGACGCUUGUCUUUUCGCGUCUUUGCCGAUCUAUGUCGCCGAAAUCACAACGCCCAAAGUUCGGGGCACUUGGGGCAACUUUAUGACAUUUCUGAUUUACAUCGGACAAUUAACGAUAAAUAUAGUGGGUAGUUACACUUCGGUGGUGAUGACCGCGUACAUUUGUCUGAUUUUUCCCGUGUUUUUCCUUUGCACUUUCAUUUUCAUGCCGGAAACGCCCUAUUACUACUUGAUCAAAAACCGGACUGAGGACGCAAGGCUUUCGCUGCGAAAACUGCGAAGAAAACAGGACGUGGAAGAGGAACUGAAUAAACUCAAAGCUGAUGUUGCGCGACAAAUGUCCGAGUCGGCCACUUGGAGGGACGUUUUCACAAUUGUGAGUAACAGAAAAGCUGUCUAUGCUGGGGUUUUCCUCCGGGCGUCCCAACAGCUGGGAGGCAUCUCCUCGUUUGCGGUCUACACCCAGUACAUUUUCCUGAAAUCAGGUGGUGACGUGUCCGCCAGCACCUCUUCGAUUAUUUUUAUGGGUUUAUGUGCAGCGCUGAAUAUGUGUGCAGGAUUUACUCUCGAUAGAAUCGGUCGCAGAAGAUCCUAUUUCUUGUCUUUGUUGCUGUGCGGUUCCGUGUUGUUAUGUGAAGCUGUUUACUUUAUUCUUGAACAGUUUUAUGGAGAUAAAGUUGAUGUCCAAGUCGUGAAUUGGAUUCCUCUAGUUGGGAUGAUUUUGUAUGUGAUAUUUUACUCGUUUGGGCUUGGGAUUGUACCAACUCUCAUGUUGGGCGAACUUUUCUCAGCAAGUAUUAAGGGGAAAGGCUUGUUUGUGUUGAAUAUCGUUUUUGCGUUGUUGGUCAGUGGGGCGACUAAACUGUUUCAUAUUUUAGACACGUCGUUUGGUCUUUUUGCACCGUUUUUAUUUUUUUCGGUUAGUUGUUUUCUAUCGGCUAUUUUGGCGCUGUAUUUCGUACCAGAAACCAAGGGAAAAACAUUAGAGGAGAUUCAGCAGUCACUCAAAGGCCGCAAGCAACAAGACAAACAACCUUGUUAAUUAAAUAAUAAAGUUAUUUAUAUUUUUA